GAGAGAGAGAGAGAGAGAGAGAGACAGUCGGAGCGUUAUGGUUAUUUCUCCCGGGCUCCGGCCAAGGCUGUGUGGUCUACAGAGCGGGCAUGUCCUCCGACACACUGUUGCUAAGGAAAUGGAUGACUUGAAUGGAUCCGUGGUCCGGGCUGAAUUCUCCUCCUCGCCCCCUCAUCAGCCCACUGUCUCUCAGUGUGUGUGUUUACAGGAAUCACUGAGAACAACGUGACGCGUCAGCGCCAGCUCUGCACCAGCCGGGUCCAGUGGAACUGCAGCUGAAGAGCUGAGGAACUGGAGAUUUGACUGGCAGCUGGGACACCACCAAAGGAGGGGAGAGAGCCGGCUGGGCAGUGCGGCCGACGAGCCUGGCUAGCGCUGGGUGAAUGCUGCCUGGCGAGGACAAGGGCUGAGGCAGCAUCAGCAUCAACUUGAAAAAGAGCAUGGCAUCCACGGGCAUGCAGAUAUUUGGAUUUGUCUUAGCGCUGCUGGGCAUCAUGGGUGCCAUGGUCGCAACUCUGCUGCCCAACUGGAAGGUCAGCGCAGAUGUGGGCUCCAACAUCAUCACAGCGAUUUCACAAAUGCAGGGUCUGUGGAUGGACUGCACAUGGUACAGCACAGGCAUGUUCAGCUGCACACUUAAGUAUUCUGUGCUUUCACUUCCUGCGUACUUGCAGACUGCCCGCACCACUAUGGUGCUCUGCUGCGUACUGGCUGCCAUGGGUCUCUGCCUUGCUUCCCUGGGACUAAAAUGCACACGCUGGGGAGGUGGACGGCGCUCCAAGCGGCACGCCGCCAUUGCCAGCGGUGGCUGCUUUGUCGCUGCAGGCUUUCUGUGCCUGGUGCCUGCUUCCUGGUUUACCAACGAGGUCAUCACCAACUUCCUGGACUCCAGUGUGCCCGAGAGCAAUAAGUUUGAGCCUGGGGGUGCUGUGUACGUGGCCUUUGUUUCUGCAGGAUUCCUCUUCAUGGGGGGGUGCAUCUUCUGUAUGUCCUGCUCGGGGAAGAGGCAUGGCCCCCAGGACCUGGUCCUGCUCCCUCCCCCUGACAAAUUGCUGCUCCAGCAGCAGCAACAGCAACAGCUGCUCCAGCAGCAGCAGGAGCUCCAGCACCAGUACUGCUCUCUCUCACCAUUAGACAAUAAGACUGGCUACAGCCUGCAGGACUAUGUGUAAUAAACCAGCGUUGUGUGCGCUACGGCUAAAGGGAGAUGAGCCUGAGGGGAAACUAUCACGGCUUAUGCUACACACUAGGCUCUACUCCAGAUGGAGGUGGAGAAAAAAUACAAAAGGAGGGCGACAACUUUGAAUUCAUUUUUACUUCUCCUCUAUCUUGCUCUUCUACCUUUUUCUGUUUUGCAAGCACAAGCAGUGGAGGUAUUCCCUAGGCAGCCCCUUGGAACAAACAGUGUGAAUGUGUAAGGAGCCAGGAUAAGAUGCUGCAGCGUCGAAGGCAGCCGCUAACCAAAUGCAGACAUCCUUCAUCAGUAAAUCACAGAAAGAGCUCCCUGGGGAAUGGAUUAAGCAAAUAAGGAAGCCUCCUGUGUAGAUUUUUUUCCUCGCCAAAGGUUUGAAUUUGAAGAAAAAAAAGCAAUCAUUUAGCUGCUAUUUACAAUCGUUUGGUACCCCCUCCAAUUGACAAAAUAGGCAAUAUAAUGUCUGAGAGCAGUAGGUGGAAACCCUUUCAUAGCAAGCCAUUGUAGUUUUUCGUAUACUUAUCCACUAGAAUACUGUGUGGAGUUGAUUGAAAUAAAUGGUCAUAUUUUUGUUAGCUACUAGAAUGAUGUUGAUAUUUUGCCUCUAAAGCAUGCUGUGUGGAGCCUGUCUGUGUAUUAAUACAGCGGAAUGCCUGGUAGAAGACUGAGACAUAGCCACAAAAUGCCUGUGCCUGAAAAGCUGUAGAAACAUUAAACCCUGCUGUAACUGUUCAAAGAGGGCUGUCAGGAGGAGUCGAUGUUGGCUGCUGGGCUGCAUUUGAGACAGAAAAUGCAGACACACAGUUGGCCUGCCUCUCUCGCUCUGCAAGGGGGCAUAUGAGAGAAGUGGAGAAAAAUUAACAGAAGGAGAGUGGACCCUUCAGCACAGCGGACAAUCUGAUAUGUUGUUAUAUUUCCAUUCAGACAAAAACGUACUGCCUCUAAGUAGCAGCUACCCAUCCCAGUCCUUUCCUCAGACGUGCACACCCACACGCUUACUCGUGCUCUUGUGUGUGUACACAAUAAACACUCAGACACGCCGGCUUUUUGCAUGUGCUUUUCACUCCUGUCAUCCUCCUCCACACUGCCAUGGAAACCGAAUUCGGCAUUCAAAUAUCUUUAUUGUCUGGGGGCAUGUGCAUGUCAGUCAGUGAUUGGAAGUUUUUUUUUUGUUUUGUUUUAUUGGGAGGGGGGGCGUUUUAUUCAGUCAUGGCUCUAUAAGCUUCAAUCAGAGCUUCUGCUCACACUACUUUAACUAAUCCCCUUUAUUAGCCAGCGACAUAAGGCAGCAUCCCAGUUACGUGGUUGGAGGUUUAGGAAAAUACUCUUUGUUGUGGUGUCUAUACAAUGCAAGUAGUUUUAUAGGGAUGAAUGGAUGUUUAAUGGUGCCGUGGCAAAAACGGAGCAGAAAAGGAGAAGCUUCUCGAGUCAUGGUUGGCUGGGUAGCUGUGUGGCAGGCAGCUAAAAAAGGUUUGAGUCAUUCUCCAUAUGUGACUUGUUUUCCAAGUGCGUCAGCAGUGCGCAUAUGCUACCAGCCUGCACCUGCAGACGGUCUCAGUGUCUUAAAUUGCUGCCACUUCACUAUGUCACCAUGCUUCUUUUCCCUUCCCCUCACUCUAUUUUUUUGCCCCCACUGCUUGUAUCAGAUGUCACAUGGAUGUGAUCCCUGACAAGAGUUAAGCUGAUGCUUGUUGAAAGCACGGCCACUCCGACACCUGCACACGCAAAAACAAAACUCCCACCCGCUCAUGUCAGUAGCACAGUUAUGCGUCCAUACAGUCAUGUUCCAGAGUGUGUCUGCUCUUUACUGUAGUAAGGAUAUCAGAGGAAUGUUUUGUCGUGCUUGAGACAGGCCUUGGCAGUGAUGUAUGGAACUGCACUUUCUCUCCUUCUCUCUCAUAAACAUGCAGCUUCCUGGGGGAGAGCAGAUGGCUAAGCCCAGCUCGCCACCUGCAGGCUGCUGCUGGCACGCCACGGGCAUCUCUGUGGGCACCACUGCCGGCCCUGGCAGCCCUCUAGGGCCAAUUUUCUACCCCACCCUGACUUAGCCAUCUUGCCCAGCACAGACUAUAGCCGACAGAACUGGCCUCCUGACGAUAACUCACUGCCCAGGCACCAUAAGCAAUGCAAUAAACAAAGAAUGUGCCAUGUCAUCAACUAAUACCGACACGUUACGCGUUUCGAGAAUGUGCCAAAUGGUCUCAUGAUGACACGUUUUAAUACUAUCUGGACUUCUUUCUGUUUAUUUUUUUAUUACGUUGUUUGUACAUGAAUUAUACAUUACCAAAUGUUUUAUGGAUUUGUGAUUUGUUCUGCCAGACUAAGUUUCAAGUCAACUAGAUGCUUGUGUACAGUUCAGUGCAGCUUUCGAGGGUUAUUUUAAAUCCUCUUUAUUCCUCAUUCUCCAAAGCACAGCAAGACGUCACUGGGCACGGGAGUUUCAUUGGAAAGACAUGAGUGGGAUAUUUAUUUUCUAAUAUAUAUUUAUCAUAUUUGUUCCUGGAAUCCACCAUAAGUCUGUUACAACUGUACACAAGUAUCUAGGCUGUUGUUUGUUUUUACUGAGGGAUCAGGAUUUCCUCAUAUUGUUCCAGUAUAAAAUCCAAUGUCAUGUUCAUACCAUAUCUUCUUUAUAAGAAGACGACUCAAUGCACCUUUGCUUGUGUUACUUUACUUGACAGCAGUUUGUUUCAAAUGGCUGAGCAUUCCAAGCUCUCUGGACCAGUACAAAUACAUAACACAACUGGCACUCUGGAAAAAAAAAAAGGGAACGAUUUCUAUCUGAAAGGAUUCAGCAGGGAAAUACAAGCUAGAGAUUUCUCUUUUUUUGUGGCUGUGCAGCCUGAUCAUCAGCACGCAAUUUCAUUAGCUUAUAAAUGGCCAGAGUGCAAAGUGACUAGGUCCUAAAAGUCUAAAGAGUUACAACUCUCCUGCUUAUACUGUAACAAGACAUUGAUUUAUCAUUUUGAUAAUUGCAGCUUAUUUUUGUGAAUGCUUUAGCACUUCUUACUUUGCCAGAGCAUAUUUGUGAUGAUGAACAGUUCACAAGUUCUGAUACAGUUGUCUCAAUGUGCUUGUGCAAGUAGUUCUAUUUUUUACCAAUAAAACUAUUUUGUG